AUGGCAACAACUACAGCAAUACCAACUACAACAUCAACCUCUUCAUCAACAACAUCAAACAUACUCAAUCCAGGACCAUAUCAUGAGAUCGAUCGUCUGAUAAGAAACAACUUAGACUAUGUCAAUGAGUUUGAACCUGGGUUCAACUUGACGUUUCAGCGAGCAUGGUCCAAACGCUUGUCAACUCACAACACAUUGGCCUACAGCCCUCUGUACUUUAAGCAGUCGAUUAGCACACAGCUCAAUGACGGCACAUCGAUCGUGUUGCUGAUGGACAAUGACAAGGAGAUGGAGGCCGAGAUCACCACGUCACCGCUGCCCAACGUCACCACCAAGGUCAGCCUCAACUCAACGGUCAGCGCAAUGAUGGGCAAGCAACAGCCCGUCAUCUUUGGCACGCUGUGCUACACAGGCGAUCGCUACGUCUCCGAGGUCAAGCUGACCACCAAGAAUGAUGGCCUCUUUGGCCUGUCGCACAUGCACGCUGUCAACGCGAGACUCACCGCAGGCUUUGAGGCCUACUACAAGGCCGUUCAAAAGUCGGGCGGCGCUUCGUUCGGCCUGCGCUACCAGGGCAAGUACCGCAACUUCCCCUUCCAGGUGUGCUCCACCUACAAUGUGAUGGGCGACCUCGGCCUGUCGUUCCACUCGCCACUCGUCACCACAUUCCCCACGGACAUUGACUUGGCCACGCGCUUCACACUCAACACCAACAGUAUGGAGUCACGUGUCGAGAUCGGCUCCACUAUCGUCUACUCACUCAAGGUUGGCAAACGAGUCCUGCCCAUGACACUUCUGCUGAGCACGUCGUCGGCCAAGGUGCACGCCGCACGUCUCAACUUCAAGACCAACAUUGGAAAGAUAUCAUUGGGUGCCGUCAUAGAGAACAAGAGACUAUCAUACGGUCUCUCUUUGAAUAUAUAG